AUGCAAACUGACGCCAGAGUUGGGGCGGUGAUGGAAGGCGGCGGGGGGCAGAGGGUUUUCAAUACCGGACAUGGUGCGGUGGUGGUCGACGGAGGCGCCGCCGGCGCGGCGUGUAAAUUGAUGGAGCAACAGCGGAAGGAAAAGGAGAGAGCGCUUCAUGAUCACCAGCCACGUAUCGGAACGGUUUCGCAACUUAUCGCCGGUGGAGUUGCCGGCGCAGUCGGCAAGACCUGUACUGCUCCCCUUGCUCGCCUCACCAUCCUCUUUCAGCUGCAAGGAAUGCAUACUGAUGCAGCUAACCUGAAAAGUGCUAGUAUAUGGCGGGAGACCACGCGAAUCAUCAAAGAAGAGGGAUACAGAGCGUUCUGGAGAGGCAAUUUGGUCACAAUCGCUCAUCGGAUUCCCUAUUCUUCUGUCAGCUUUUAUGCAUUUGAACGCUAUAAGAAUCUCUUACAGUUGGUUUUGGGAGUUGAGAGUCCGGGGGAAAAUAUAAGCAAAGACCUCGCUGUACGACUUGUAGGAGGUGGGUUGGCUGGAAUUACUGCUGCUUCUGUUACUUAUCCUCUGGAUCUUGUCAGGACACGCCUUGCAGCUCAGACGAAUGUUAUAUAUUAUAGAGGUAUUUGGCAUGCUUUGCGCACCAUUAGCCGGGAAGAAGGUGCUACUGGCCUGUACAAAGGACUUGGAGCAACGUUAUUGGGUGUCGGUCCAAGCUUGGCGAUUAGUUUCGCGGUCUAUGAGACGGCAAGAACACACUGGCAGUUUCACAGGCCUGAUGACUCUACGGUCUUGGUCGGCCUCGGUUGUGGCAGUCUAUCAGGCAUUGCAUCAUCCACUGUGACGUUCCCAUUGGACCUUGUGAGGCGGCGGAUGCAAUUAGAAGGAGCAGGUGGUCGAGCUCGCGUGUAUAAGACUGGAAUUUUUGGUACGUUCAAGAACAUCUUUAAGACAGAAGGCCUACGUGGCUUGUAUAGGGGAAUUUUGCCUGAAUAUUACAAGGUUGUACCUGGUGUGAGUAUCGUAUUUAUGACAUACGAAAAGUUGAAGCAGUUUUUGUCAAACAUCCCCGAUGGCUGA